CGUCGGUUGCGCUUCACUCAUUUUCGGACCACAGCAGCCUCGCGGUGGGGGUCGAAAGCUGCGGCCUUCUCGGACGCAGCGCUGAGAGACCCGGCCUCGGACCAGCCUUUUCGGCGUACAAGCGGCAACACUGCAAGCCGGUAUCGUAGUAUUUUCUCUGGAAGAUUUUAUUAGACUCUUUAUCAUUGGUUCUGUGAUAUUUUACGAGAGUGUUUCUAGGUGACUGGUCAAAGAAAUGGAUUUUACAGAAGCUUACGCGGACACGUGUUCUACAGUUGGUCUUGCUGCCAGGGAAGGCAAUGUAAAAGUCUUAAGGAAACUGCUCAGAAAGGGCCGAAGUGUCGACGUCGCUGAUAACAGGGGAUGGAUGCCGAUUCAUGAAGCAGCUUAUCACAACUCUGUAGAAUGUUUGCAGAUGUUAAUUAAUGCAGAUUCAUCUGAAAACUACAUUAAGAUGAAGACUUUUGAAGGUUUCUGUGCCUUACAUCUCGCUGCAAGUCAAGGACAUUGGAAAAUCGUACAGAUUCUUUUAGAAGCGGGGGCAGAUCCUAAUGCAACUACUUUAGAAGAAACCACACCAUUGUUUUUAGCUGUUGAAAAUGGACAGAUAGAUGUGUUAAGGCUGUUGCUUCGACAUGGAGCAAAUGUUAAUGGAUCCCAUUCUAUGUGUGGAUGGAACUCCUUGCACCAGGCUUCUUUUCAGGAAAAUACUGAGAUCAUAAAAUUGCUUCUUAAAAAAGGAGCAAACAAGGAAUGCCAGGAUGACUUUGGCAUCACACCUUUGUUUGUGGCUGCUCAGUAUGGCAAGAUAGAAAGCUUGAGCAUACUUAUUUCAUCAGGUGCAAAUGUCAAUUGUCAAGCCUUGGACAAAGCUACCCCCUUGUUCAUUGCUGCUCAAGAGGGACACACCAAAUGUGUGGAGCUUUUGCUCUCCAGUGGAGCUGAUCCUGAUCUUUACUGUAAUGAGGAUAAUUGGCAGUUACCUGUUCAUGCAGCUUCACAAAUGGGCCAUUCAAAAAUCUUGGACUUGUUGGUGCCACUUACUAGCCGGGUCUGUGACACUGGGCUAAACAAAGUGAGCCCUGUUUACUCAGCAGUGUUUGGGGGACAUGAAGAGUGCCUAGAAAUACUACUCCGGAACGGCUACAGCCCAGAUGCCCAGGCGUGCCUUAUCUUUGGAUUUAGUUCUCCCAUGUGCAUGGCUUUCCAAAAGGACUGUGAGUUCUCUGGAAUUGUAAACAUUCUUUUGAAAUAUGGAGCCCAAGUAAAUGAACUUCAUUUGGCAUACUGUCUGAAGUACGAGAAGUUUUCAGCAUUUCGCUACUUUUUGAAGAAAGGUUGCCCGUUGGCACCAUGGAACCAUAUAAGUGAAUUUGUAAAUCAUGCAAUUAAAGCACAAACAAAAUAUAAGGAGUGGUUGCCACAUCUUCUGCUUGCUGGAUUUGACCCACUGAUUCUACUGUGCAAUUCUUGGAUUGACUCAGUCAGCAUUGACACCCUUAUCUUCACUUUGGAGUUUACUAAUUGGAAGAGACUUCCACCAGCUGUUGAAAAGAUGCUUUCUUCUCGUGCCUCAAAAUCCUCUUGGAUUCUACGUCAACAUAUUGCCACUAUUCCAUCCCUGACCCAUCUUUGUCGUUUGGAAAUUCGGUCCAGUCUAAAAUCAGAACAUCUCCGGUCUGACAGUUUUAUUAGUCAGUUGCCACUUCCCAGAAGCCUACAUAAUUAUUUGCUCUAUGAAGAUGUUCUGAGGAUGAAUGAGAUUCCAGAACUGGCAGCUAUUCAAGAUGGAUAAAUCAGUGAAACUACUUAACACAGCUCAUUUCUUUCUCUGAAAACCCACCGAGACAAAAGAGCCAUAGAGUACAAGUUUUUAUGAUUUUAUAGUUCAAAGGUGAUUAUUGUUUGUGAUGUAGGUUAAGUUUUGGGGGGCUGGUAGUUUAAUGUGUAUGUUUAUGUUUACAGCUAGCCUUCCCAGUAAAAAAAGAAAAAAAUUGUAAACCUCACAUAUAUUACUUUAUUGCAGCUUCAUCACCAGUAUAUGUUGUAAUAUUUAUUUAUCUGACCAUGUUCUCCUUUAUUUUGCUAUAAACUGUGAUGCUGCUUCUAGUGCUAAACAUGGUGGGGGCAUAUUUCCACCUAUGAUUCGUGUUUACCUGGUGCUAGGAGCUUGGAAUGGAAUUCAUAAAGCUUCACUGGAAGUGUAUACAACCGUGGUGUUGAAUCUGUUAUUAUCAUCAUUAUUGUAUUUGGGCUUGAAUAUCAUGCUUAUUAAAGAACAAGUUUUCCUAUUUUAUCACAUUUCGUUUUCAUCUCUUAAUUCAGUCACUUAUUAUUAUUAUUUCUUUUUUUAAGAUGGAGUCUUGCUUUGUCGCUCAGGCUGGAGUGCAGUGGUGUAAUCUCAGCUCACUGUAGCCUCUGCCCCAGGAUAAUUCAGUCACUUUUAUGAAGAAUUGAUAUUCAUUGCCUUUUCACAUGUAAACUCACAGGAAAAAAUUCUUUUAAAAAUAUAGAAAAAUCAUAUUGUUGGUUUUUCCUUUCUGGUUUCUUUCUACUCUUUGGCCAAAAAAACCCAAAGAAGGCCAAGUGCAUUGGCUCAUGCCUGUAAUCCAGCACUUUGGGAGGCCGAGGUGGGUGGAUCACCUGAGUUGGGGAGUUUGAGACCAGCUGGAUCAAUGUGGAGAAACCCUCUCUCUACUAAAAAUACAAAAUUAGCCAGGCGUGGUUGCGCAUGCCUGUAAUCCCAGCUACUUGGAAGGCUGAGGCAGGAGAAUCUGAACCUGGGAGGCAGAGCUUGUGGUGAGCCAAGAUGGUGUCAUUGCAUUCCAGCCUGGGCAACAAGAGUGAAACUCCGUCUCAAAAAAAAAAGCCCCCAAAAAACAAAAGCCCAAUUCUAAUCUGCAAAGGCAAGAACAGACCUGAACUCAAAGACAUGCUCUGUUGGGGGAAAAUAAUGGGGUCAGUGUUGACAUAAGAGCAUAUUUGCACAUUUAGGAUUUUAAUCAGGAGUCUGAGAGGGGCAUGUCUGUGGGACCAUCUUUAAAGAAAGAAAGGUAGAUACCACUGAGUUACUUCAUAUUAUAUAUAAAGUUCAAGCUCCAUCAUUGGGUGGCUUUGUUCCUAUGAAGCAGUAAUAGCUAGUUCUAUUAAUAUUAUGGUGUUUUUUCUUCUUAUCUAGAUAGGCUGUCACACAGUCCAUGAAUAAAGACCUCAGAAUCCUAGGUUAAUGAGAUGCCACCUCAUGGGUUUUUACAAUUGCUUGAUCUAAAUCUAGAGUCAGGAAAAACAACCUUGGAUCAAUUGAGCCAUAAGAGACUAUGGAGACUGGCCUUGGGACAAAGGUUGUGGGAACAUUACUGUCACAGUAGACUACAGAAAUAGGGUCCAAGGAGGCAAAGUCUUCUGUCCUCUUGGGAUUCUGUGGCUUAAAAUAGAUGAGAGUAGGUCAGCUGUGCCUGUUUCCUACAGGCCUUUGGUGUUUGGCAAAAGCACUGAUGAAGGUGGACCAAACAAGGAUUACGUUGCUAAGAUCCAAAGGGAUGACUGACCUGUUAACCACAGACUAGAGCUGCCUGUGGGGUGGAGAUAGAGUUUGAAUGUGGGUGUACAGGCAGAAAUAAUGGUAUAUAUGGAAAUCCAGGUGGAAAUUCUGAUAAUUUCAUAAAUUCCAAAACUGUUGAUUGUGUAGUAUUUUUCAAAUGUCAUAAUCUUUAUUUUCCAAACUCUAAGUCUCUGACUUUUAAGAUGGCACCCCACAUUUUGUUGGGGGAAAAUAUGUGUAGAAUGUUUAAAUUUGAGGGUGAAUCUUUUUGUGUUUUGUUCAUGUUCAAAUGUAUAAUAAAAACUCAGUUAUCUAACGUA